AGGGCUGUCCGCUGUCGCCUUAUUGGACCUUCCACUGGACCGUCUCGCGGCUGGUCUUCGUGGGCCUGCCGAUGCUGCUGCUGAGCCUGCAGGUGGACCUCUUCCUACCCUCCACCAAGUUGCUACCACAGACAGCUGUCAUCGGCCUCUUCGUGUGUGGAGGCUGCGUGCUCAUCAGCCUGAAGUUCUGCGCCAUGUGUGCCUGCCUGGCGAACCAGAAGCUUGCCCAGGCCAUUGUGCUGGUGAUAUUCUUGGCGGCAGACUGGGUGAGCUCGCUGCACAUUAUGGCCUUGGUGUCCGAUGACUUCAAGGACAGGAUGCUGUUGUGCCUCUUGCUGGCCUCUGGCAUUGUGCAGAGCCGGGGUGUGCUGACCAGGCUGAGCCUGCGCUCGCGAUGGCAGCGCGCCCUGGCGCAGCGCAACGCCAGGGACCUGGGGGGGGAGCUCAGCGCGGCCAUGGCGGAAAAUGCCUCUUCGGACAGCGACAAUGAGCAGGGGCCUGGGAGCUUGCCCGAGGGCUUCCAUGAGGCCCUGGUGGCGCUGCUGGGCUUCCAGGUGCAGCAGAACAACUCCCGCCGCCAGUUUCUCUGCGGCGUGCGCCUGGCAGCGAACACAAACGAGGCACAGACAGCUCCCGACGGGAGCCAAGCAGCUCCGGCCGGCGCGGCCGCGGCCGGAGCCGGAGUGGCCGUGGCGCCAGCGGAUGCUCCGGCGCCCGGCGCAACGGGAGAAUCGCCUUUGCCCCUGGAGAUCUCGAGCGAGGAGCGGAUCUGCGUGGUUUGCCAGGACGACAUCCAGCCUGGGGAACGCGUCAGGCCGCUGCCCAAGUGCUCCCACGUCUUCCACGCCGCCUGCCUGGAGCACUGGGCGCGGACCAUGCGCGAGGCGACGCGCUGCCCCACCUGCCGCAAGCCAGCGCUGGCCCGGAAGGAGGCGAAGGGCUCCACCAAGAUCUCGGACCUUCCGGAGGAUGAGACACAGAGCCACACCUCGUCCACGGCGAGCAGCCGCCAGAGCCGGAGCCGCCCGGGGCAGCCGCGCAGGUCUCGGCGCGCACGCCCGGAGACGCGGGCCAACCAGAUGUCUGCCCUGCGGCUGAGCCUGGGCAUCUCUGAGCGCCUGGCGCAGGUGGCCGUGGACGUGAGCGGAGGCGGUGCUGCCAUGGCGGCGCAUUUGGUCCUGGAGCAUCGCUCGGUCAUCGAGGCCGCCUACGUCCCAGGAGGCCAGCCUUCCACACCCAGUGGAGUGGUGGCCCACGUGAUUCAGGCGAGCCCCAGCCUCGCCGGCACGGAGCCCCUGGUGGCACAGCAGCUGGCGCGGCUCUACGCGAGCGGCCGGCUGCGGGCCACGCCCUGGGCGGAGCUGCCGGAGACCGGCAAAGUGGAGGUCUUCACGGCCUUGCUGGAGGACGUGUCCCGAAGCCUGGAGUCGGCGGUGUGAGAGCCGAGCCGAAACAAACCGAGGUUUCACGCCGUAGCUGACGCGGGCGAACACACGUGAAGGCGGAAAAAAGG